UCUAUGCUAUUGUAAAGGUUGUGCUAGUAGCUGGAACAGACACAACAUCAACCACCCUGGACUGGGCAAUGUCAUUGUUGCUAAACCAUCCAGAGGCAAUGGAGAAAGUGAGAACUGAGACAGACACCAACGUCGGAUGCGAGCGUCUGUUGGAAGAGCAAGACUUACCGAAGCUCAAGUACAUGGAAAAUGUGAUCAAUGAGACACACCGCUUGUACCCAGCUGUUCCACUUCUAGUGCCUCAUGAAGUUUCUGAGGAUUGUGUGGUAGGGGAAUUCGAUGUUCUACGUCAUACGAUGGUGGUGAUUAAUGCAUGGGCCAUUCAUAGGGACCCGCAGAUUUGGGAGGAUCCUGAUAAGUUUAAGCCAGAGAGGUUUCAAGGUUGGAGUGCAGAAGGAGCAGAGAUAUAUAAGCUAAUCCCGUUUGGAGGUGGAAGGCGAGGAUGUCCAGGCGAUGUCAUUACCAACCGGCUGAUUGGAUUGACACUGGGAAGCUUGGUUCAGUCUUUUGAGUGGGGGAGGAUUGGUGUAGAAGACGUGGACAUGAGUGAAGGUUUGGGUGUAUAUGAGCAUGCCGAGGGUCAAGCCCUUGGAGGCUAUGUGCAAACCGCGCCCAAUCAUGCUAUCUUCCAUGUAAAAACUAUUAAAGUUCUACUAUAGAACUGAAUUCGAAGAUGGUUACAUUUCAUGCUCCCUUCUAGUCCCUUAUAGGGUAUCUCUUAAAAAAGCAAAUAAACGAUGUCAUAUGGUACUAUGUGGCGGUGUUCCAGCUAUAAAAAAAUAAUAAUAAAUAAAUAAAUCAUUUGAUGCA